AUGAAGAACCAACGGAAGCGGCCGAUCCUCGUCGGCCUCCUCGUGCUCGUGGUGCUCGGCGUGGUGCUACGGUUGACCACUUCAAAGGCGCUGAGCAAGCAGCUCCAAGAACUCUUCCAGCACGACGACAACUUGAUCUCAAAGAUGGUGAACCGCGAGCUGACGAAAAACCACGAUGAGGUGUUGGCGAAGAUCGAUAAGCUUUUCAACAAGAUCAUGACCGAGCAGGACAAGCGGUUGACGCGGCUCGAGCGCCAGAACCAGCUUUUGUUGGACGAGGUGCGCUUGCUUAAGCUGCCGCCGGAAAAGGGCACGUUGCGGGAACGGUUGACGUACCUCUUCCCCUACGACCCGCUGGUGAAGUUCCCCGCCUACGUGUGGCAGCUGUGGAAGCACGGGUUGAACGACGACCGCUUCGACCAGCAGUACAAGGACGGCGAGGCCCAGUGGGCGUGGAAAAACCCCGGUUUCGUCCACGAGCUCUUUAACGACGACACCGCCCACACCAUGAUCAAGUACUUGUACCGCCAGGUGCCUGAAGUGGUGCAAACCUAUGAAAAAUUGCCUGAGGUCAUUCUCAAGAUGGACUUCUUCCGCUACCUCAUUCUCUUCGCUAAGGGCGGGGUGUACGCCGACAUCGACACCUACCCGCUCCAGCCGAUCCCCAACUGGAUCCCCGAGAACGUCCUGCCCGACGAGUUGGGGAUGAUCUUGCUGGUGGAGCUGGAGAACAACGCCGCCAACUGGAAGGAGGACUCGCACCGCCGGUUGCAGUUUGGCCAGUUUGUUCUCCAGGCGAAGCCCGGCCACCCGGUGCUCCGCGAGAUCAUCGCCCGCAUCAUCGAGCAAACCAUCCGCAAGCUGAACAGCUUGCUGAGCGACGAGCGGUUGCGGUUACCCGGCCACGCCAACGACAAGCAGUUGGAGAUCCUGAAGUGGACGGGGGCGGGGGUAUGGACCGACGUCGUGUUCCACUACUUCAACGACUGGGUCCAGUCGCUGGUGUUCCAGCUGGUGAGCUGGAAGGACUUCCGCGGCCUCAAGAAGCCCAAGCUCGUCUCCGACGUGUUGGUGAUGCCCAUCAAGCUGUUUGCCCUGGACCACGCCAUCCCCAAGGACGGCAAGAUCGAGGACCCGCUCGCGUUUGUCAAGCACUACUCGGCCGAGAUCUGGAAGAACGCGUAG